AGGGCGGGAUUGAACCGGCAAGCCAGACAACUGCACUUACCACCUAAGCCAAUGUCACCCCUAUCUUUAUUUACUAAAGGGGGAUCUUCUGUUGUUUGUCAUUUUUAUACAUAUUAUACCAAUAAAUAAAUGAUGGGUCUUUGUCGCAAACAAGACCUACAGGGCACUGUUGGUCUUCACCAUCUCCAUCAUGUACAUAGGAUUAUGUUCACCCCAAAAUGAAAGGUUAUAAGCAAAUUAUUAUGAUCGUGAAAUAUGAUUUGCAAAAAAACUAUUAUUAAAGAUUAACUAUACUUUAAAAUGGAUUAUGGUACAUUUUCACUAAAGUGUAUAGGUUAUAAUGGAAAUAGCUGAAGUGUCAACACCACCUCCAGAAAAUUCUGGUCUAGGAUAUUUUUGUCACUGCCGAGACACGUUUACUUAUCUGAAGUGGCAUCCCGCGGUUUUGUAUCACUAAUUGCUGGUUUCCACACUCCACCCUACCUGGGAGUCAGGUGUGAGGCAGUCUCGUAAAUCUGCAGCGCUCGACAGGACAGAAAAUGGGGCUGUUCAAACAGGUGGCUGACGUUUAUUUAGCUCGACGAAUAACGUUUGUUAGAUGAAUAGCAGUUUGGGACGUCGCCGUUUGUUUGCAUGGUGUCCUAACUGGUUCAAAACAAGAAAGGAAUCUUCACAUUUAUCGCUAUAAUGAGCACGUCAAAGUUAAUGCGAGCCAUCAGAGUGUCCGAGUUUGGAGGACCCUCUGUUUUAAAAUUGCACGAGAAUAUUCCAGUUCCAACCCCAGGUCAGAAACAGGUAUUAAUUAGAGUACAAGCCUGUGGUGUAAAUCCACUUGAAACGUAUAUCCGCUCUGGAACAUUCCAUCUGAAACCGAACCUGCCAUACACCCCUGGAUCGGAUGUGUCUGGGGUUGUGGAAGCUGUUGGAGACGGCGUGAGCUCUUUCCAGUCAGGUGACCGGGUGUUUACUCUUGGCACAGUGACUGGGGGCUAUGCUGAAUACACCGUAGCGUCCGAAGACUCUGUCUACCCGCUGUCUGAUUCCUUAGAUUAUCAACAAGGAGCAGCCAUUGGUAUUCCAUACUUCACUGCAUACCGUGCUCUCUUCCAAAAAGCCCACAGCAAAGCAGGAGAGACUGUUCUUGUUCAUGGAGCCAGUGGAGGGGUGGGAGUUGCAGCAUGUCAGAUUGCCAGGGCCUUUGAGAUGAAGGUACUGGGAACGGCAGGAACUCCAGAGGGAGAAGCACUGGCAAAGAAGAAUGGAGCUCACCAGGUCUUCAACCAUAGAGAGAAGGACUACGUCAAGAAAAUCAUGGAGGCUACCAAUGGACAGGGACUGAAUGUGAUUGUUGAGAUGCUGGCCAGUGUGAAUCUCAGUAAGGACAUACAGAUGCUUACACAAGGAGGCAGAGUGACCAUAGUGGGCAGUCGCGGUCCGAUCCAAAUAGACCCACAAGACGCCAUGAGGAACGAGAGCAGCAUUAUUGGUGUGAUCCUCUUCAGUCAAACAAAGGAAGAGAGGGCGGAGAAUGCGGCUGCUCUCCUCGCUGGAAUUGAGUCCGGUUGGCUGAGGCCUGUUGUUGGUCCUCAGUACACCCUCGACAAGGCCUCCCAGGCUCAUGAAGACCUCAUCAAGAGUUCUGGGGCCACGGGGAAGAUGGUGCUGACCAUGUGAUCACAGCUCCUGGCAGUUUCAGAUAUUGAAGUGUUAAAUCCCUGUGUUGUGAUUUAAGGAAGAUUAUUGCCAUUCCGUUAGUCUGAUGAACACUGUCGGAAUGGGGAUCUUGUUACUGUUGCAUGCUGUUGGAAUUUUUUGACGGUUGUCAGUGGUCACUAGAUCACUAGCUUCUAACAACAUUUAUAUAUUUUCUAAAUGACAGAUGAUGUAUGGUGAUAAGUGGUAACAAUGUAUUUAAGAUGUCAAGAUAAUAUAACAUGUAAAGAUAAUACAUUGAUAUAUUAACACUGAUUAAUACUUAAAUAAAGUCUUCAAUUGUUA